CGAGGGGCGUCAUUGUUGCCGUACCAUUCGUUGAAUGCACCCAAAGUUAUUCCUACUGCGAAUAAAGUGCCAAAAUAUCAGUUCAAUAACGAUGAGGCAUCAACGGGAGCAUCCAGAAUGCCUACAAUGGGACCGCCUCCGGGACCACCAAGAAGUUUCAAACGCAGGAUAAUAAACUCUACCUCAUCACGACCGGACUCGUCUUCGAGCGGCCGGCCUGGUCCAAGAGUGCUGGCCAGCGAUUCAGCAGUGGCAGAUACGUCACAUGAUAUGUGCACCCCGAAGAAUAGGCCAACUGCGCUUAGAUAUAUCAGUAGUAGUAGCAGGGGUGGAUACAGUGGAACCCGCUCAGCUAGAUCUACAAGUGUAUCAGCAAUGAACCCGAGUGUGAUAUUAGCCAUUUCUGAAGGAAGAGGCAUGGCCCGCGGAGAAAUCGGUAUAGCAGCAAUAGACCUUAGACAUCCUCAUCUAGUGCUUUGUCAAUUCAGUGAUACUUUACUAUACACUCACACGUUAACGAAAAUCAACUUCUUCAAUCCCGUCGAGGCAAGUAAUUGUAGUCGAUCAUAUUUUUGAGAACCGAGUGCAGAUCAUGCAUGAUGAAAUGAGUAGAUAAAGAUUUGCACACGUCCGGGCGUCGAACCGAAGAAUCUUAGAAAACGUUAAGAUACACGAGUCAACUCAGACGCUUUACGUAAUUAAGUCUAGACCCGCGUGAUUUUGCACCCCACAAUGUAUUAUCUAAUAAUCGCAGUGUCUGUAAAUUGAUGGCAUUAUUUUGUUAACCGUUGUUGGAACAAAAGCAUAAUUAUACUAAGACGAAUAUGAAUGUGACAGUUGGUCCAUUAAUCCUAGCAGCAGCUCUUUCUAUUUAACAACAAGCUUAUUUCAUGCCCUGCUGUUAUGAAAAGGCGUCUCUCACCGUGAGCGUGAUCAAUUCCUCGGUCACCAUUACCUCGACGAGUUAUCUAUCAUGUCGUUAAUGUUAAAAGGUUUCAUGUAAUGUCACUUAGUUUCAUAGCUUUGAUAUUUCAUCAUUUAUUUUACAGAUCAUAGUUCCCCACACAUUUUGCGAGGGUGUCCAACCAAAUCAAUUAUACCAACUGAUAAGAGAUCGAUAUCCUCUAGU